AGAGAGAGAGAGAGAGAGAGAGAGAGAGAGAGAGAGAGAGAGAGAGAGAGAGUGUGAGAGAGCGAGAAAGAACGCAAAAAGUGGUAUCGCGGAGAUUUCGAGAAAAAUCUUGACGGAAGCUUUUUCUCGACGCCCCACGAAUCGUGCUUUCGAAGCCGCGCGAACGCUGCUAUAGUCUCAAACGAAAUAUAUGUCCCGCUGUAUAAUACAGAGAAAAAAGAAAGACAAAAACGGAAAGAGAGAAAUCUUAGCUGCUAGUGCAAGCGAGAGAGAGAGUGUGUCACGUAUCCAAAAACGGACGCGGGCCAACGGGUCCAGAAAAUGGACUCGCCUGUCAUCGUGGACGCAGCAUCCAAAUUCGGACGAGAGAUCGAUCUGGACCGCUCGUUCCCCGGCUUUCCGUUCGACGAGGCGGACGUCUUCGAGCAUCCGCGUGGCGACGGCAUCCGCGCACAUUUGGACGACCUCGCGACACGCCACCCCGAGCUCGCGGAGCACCUGCGCGGUCCACCUUGGCCGUUCGGCAACUCUCUGCUACGCGAUCGUCGCCGUCGACGCCGCGGUUCCGGUAAUAACGACAGCGAGCAGCAAGGCCAGCAGCAUCAAGUCGACGAAGACGCACGUAGCCAGGCCAGUGGUAGUAGCGCCGCGAGCGGCGCGAGUGCCGUCAGCUCGCACAGCAGCGGCGAGCCGGACCUAACGUCUUCGAUACCGCAGUACGGUUUACGGAACACGGUGGACAUAGGUCAGCAACAGCGGCGCCGCGACAUGGAGACGAGUUCGGAGAAGGGCGAGCGCGGUCAACGCUCGAUGUCGGCGCCGCCGGAGAACCGGCAGCAGCAAGGUCAGAAUUACCAGCAGCAGCAGCAGCCGCAACCGGGCCAAGGUCAGAGAUUCGUGUCUCGAGUGGACAUUACGCCGCAGCACAAUCAGCAGCGCUCGCAAUCGCCCGGCAAACCGACCAGCAAUGUCCGACAUAUCCCGAUCUUCGUGGAGGGCCGCGAUGAGCCGGUGAUGUCGAAGCUCGCGAGCGACGACGCACCGUCGUCCGGCUUCCCUCAGCGGCCGCUGUCGCCGCCGCGCCACUUCCACAGACCAUCACACUUUAAUGAACACUUCAGCAGACAGCAGUGGCCGCCGUCGCAUUUCCAGAAAACAUUCUACGAGCCGGCGGGCUUUGAGCAGCCGAUGCGACGGAAUCAACAGUUCCAACAGCAUCAGCCGCCCCAGCAUCAUCAGCAACAGCCUCAAUAUCAUCAGCAGUAUGAACAGCCUCCGUAUCAUCAGCAGCAGCAGCCUCAACAGCCUCAACAGCCUCAACAGCCUCAACAGCCUCAAUACCAUCACCAACAAUAUUCACAACAACCUCCCCAACAACAGCAACCUCCACAGCCUCAGUAUUAUCAGCAACCAUCGCAACAGCAACCACCGCAACAGCAACAACAACAACAGCCACAGCAGCAGCAGCAGCAGCAGCAACAACAGGAAAUACCGAAACCAAAGCCUCCGAUGCCAAAGGAUCCCUUGGAGAGAGUUGCUCUGGUACAGAAAGAAGUGGACGACCUGGCUGAACUGGUGCGACGUUAUAUAGGCGGCUCUCGGCAAGACAAGGAGUAUAUUUAUCUAGACGAGAUGCUAACGCGUGAAUUACUCAAGCUGGACGAUAUUGAGACGGAAGGCCGAGAAAAUGUGCGACAGGCGCGUAAAAACACCAUUAAGAGUAUACAAGACACAAUCAGUCUGCUGGAGACGAAAGCGCCUCUUUCUGGGCAGCAACUUGCUUUGCUAGAGGAAGAAAAGGAGAAAUGUUGCGAGGAGAAAAAUCUGGCAAAAGUCUCCGAGUCCAUGGAUGUGGACGCGAAGCAGGAGAAGCAGAGCGGCGAACCUAUACCGCUUCCGCCGGCGCCGUCGUCACCGACGAAAACGAAAGUAGAAUCUACUGAAAGCACGGCGACGGCUGCCGAAUUUGCGAAUCAAAAUAUCGCACCCGCCGUUCAGCGGAACAUCGAGCUGCCCGAUAUGGACGUUGAGCCGAAAAUAGACAAUUGCUUGGCGAAAAAUACGGAGCAGGCUGUCACAGCUACAUCGACAGAUAAAACGACGAAACCUGCUGAUGAAAUGAGCAAAGAAUCAAAGCCGAGUGACAAUGAACAACGAAAGGACGGUGGUGAAGCGACGAUAGAAAAUAAGGAUGCGCCAGCACAGCAGGCGGAAGAAGCAAAGAAAGAAAAGAUCGAAACGAACGGCGGACAGCGAAGUUCGACGGAAUCGCCGAGACUGCAGAAGAAGGCGAAGAAGACGUCGAAGAAGGAACAGCAACCGGUGUCCGAACAAGCAAUCCCGCUGCCGCCGCCGCCGCCGCCGCCGGAGAACGCGAAGUAGAAACAGAAUGUUAAGAAAGAAACGAAGGAAAGAGAGUUUCAAAACAAAACGAGGAUCGACGAGAGAAACCGAGAAUUUCGCGAAUGGAUCUUGAAGGAACGCUGACAACACCGACGAGAAAUUUCGAAGGACAUCAAAUUAUCGUAUCGCGAAGUGGCUUGGCGAAUGUGUGAAGGCGCUGAACACAGCGACAGCAAUAAUUUCUUCUUUUUUUUAUUUUACUUUUCCGUCACCAAGCUAAAGACAAGCUAAUCGCGUUCGAGCUGAGCAACGAACGAAUCCUUCGACCCUGUGAGUUACUCGUCGUUGCCUUAGGACGAGGCCUUCUUUUAUAGCACGGGAUAACCGCGCGCGAGACGCGAACUCGGUCACGGUGCCACUCGCAGGUUUCCCAAACAGCUGGCUUCCUCAAAGAAUGGCCUUUGAAUACAAAGUUCUAUUUAACGGCUGCAACGCGCGUUCCGUUAUAUUUUUUCAACGCUAAGAAGAAAUCUACGUAGGAAUACGCGCAGCGAAUUUUUCUUCACCUAUAUAGCGAAAAUGCUAUACAAUCAUCCGUCGAGCAGACCAAAUUGCCGUGUUGCAUCGCGCGCAUCAAAGAAUUUUAAAUGACUUUAAAAAAGAAGCACGAAAUUGUUAAUUCUACAUAAAUAUGUAGUUAUCAUACAUUUCAGAAAAUGGACAUAUUUGUGUGUUUUAUAAAAUUAUGGAAGCGUAUGAUUUGAUAUCUUAUUUCGAUCUUUGUAUUUUCUUCGUAUUUGCAAGUGUAACGCAAUACAAGAAAAAUUGGUCUGCUUGAUAAGUGCAUAAUGACACUGUACUCGGUAUAGUAUUACGUGAAGUAAACACGUAACUACAACGAUAAGUUAAUAUUAAUUUCUAAUUUAUUGUAUGUAUGCCUGCCUGCGCGAUAAUUUCGCGUUUGCGAGUAUGUUUGUUGACACUAAUAAUUCGCUGCAUAUUGCACGCAUAUCCCAGCCUGUCACCGCUGCGACACGAAGUGCACGGUAUACGAGGCAUAUACUUGCAAUACACACAUACACACUUGUUCGUCGAAAACAGCGUUUGAUGUACGUUGUCCAGUGUUUCUUUUUAUACUUCUACAAGAUGUUCCGUGACGUACUUAAUUCACAUGUGCGAUAAUUUUCAAAUUAUAAUCAACUAUAAAAAUGUUAGAGUUUUAGAUUAAUCAUUGAAAUAUUUAACAUUGAAAAUUAUGGAAUAAAUAAACAUUUUUUUUUUUUUAAGUUCGGCUUUAAACUCUUCAGAGAAUCCAUAGAUGGGAUUUGUUGUGGAACAUUCUGUAGAUAGUGCUUUAGAUUUAACUUUGAAGUUCCCAGAACAUCAAGUAUGCAAUACUUGAAAAAGAUCAAAGUUUAAUAUCUAUAAGUUGGAGGUGAAAAUUGAUUUUGAAAUUUUUUUCUCGUUUCUUGAAUUUAAUUUGCUUAUGAAAAAUUUUCCUCUCUUGGGAUGGGACGACGUGCAUCACUUUUGGUUCCUUGUUCAUGGUGAUACUCGUUUACCUUCGUCCCUUGUUUUCUCUUCUGUGUCUGUACGGCGAUAUUUCGUUCGUGUAUCUAUAACGACGCUAUUUUACAGCUGGAAAUUUUGUAUUUUUUCUGAUGUGAGAGAUAUGAGAGAAUGCGAGAGAAAGAAAGAGAAAUAGAAGCGUAUGUGACAAAGAUACAUACACAUAUAUGGCAAAAAUGUGUGACUAUUUUAUGAGAUUAAUCAGUGAAAAUACAAAGUCUGUUCUACGUUGCGUUCAUUUUGUUCAUUCCCCUUAGAUCAAAGCGGCGAUAUUCUAGCUAAUUUUAAAUAAAUAAUUUUUAACGAUUUCAAAGCAGAGUGUUUAUUAUUCAAGGUAGAUAUACUGCUUUUUGAGAGAUUAGCAAUAUAUACUUAACAAAAUCUCUUGUAGCGUUUUAUUAUCUCAUCAUUUAUUUAUAUCAUACAAUUUUGCAUUUAACAUUAAUGCUAUGUUUAUCUUCAGUUGAAUAUUGCACGUAACAAGUUAUCUCGUUGUUUUUUGGCGCUUGGUGGGAAUAGGAGUGCGAUAUGAACGACAGCGCGACGUUAUUAAUACCGCCAAUUACUUCUAAUUUUGCGUAAUUUGACUGCGACGGAAAUUUUUUUGCAAAUUUACGGCGUAAAUGCAGAAAAUUCGCGGUACCAAUGACCUACUAAUAACAACAUCCACUAAACACAGCUGCUGCGCCUCGUCCAUUGCCAAAUUCCUGCGAAUUGUUUGCAUUUGACGCACGCGAUUUGAGUAGUUGUCAUCUGGGAAUAUCCCAGUCGACCAUACGGCGAUAGAAACGACUUUAACGUUAGUCAUCCGCGAUUGUUGAUAUUUUUGCACACCACAUUGCUGCGCACGUAAAACAAACUCGUGCACGUCGGUGCAAAAAUAUUUUUAUGAUCAAUGAAAUGAAAAAAAUACAUUUUCUUCUUACAUUUUUUAAUCUUUAAGUAUCGGAAAACGAUGAUCUUUGUGAAAAAGAUACAUUUCAGUCAUCAAUUUUCUCUCCGCGAAGCAUUUUGUACUCGGCAUCAAUAAAACGAUCAAUCAAAAAUGA